UGAUGCGCCUGUUACGCCAGAAGGGCAGUGUGACGUCAUCCAACUGUCACGAAAAGCCGAACCAUCAGCUGCUGCUGCCAGGCGACGUGGGCUAUGGCGUCCACAAACAGUUCAGACCGGAGGGACAAACGGCUGUCAGACUCAGCAACUUCCUCUCGCUCUAUCUGCAGAACGUAAUGAAAACGGAAAAUUUCGGCAAUCUCCGUGGGGGGCAACAGCUUCACGAGGAUCAGCUGUUUGGUGAGGUCUUAGCCAACGUUAUGGGCAACUUCAAAAUCUACUCCGCAGGACUCUACUUUGACAGGUACAAAUUCCAGAACGAUGACGGUACCUUUCGGCAAUUCUUUGGGCCGUGGGCUUUCAGGAAGCGUGGAUCCUACUUCAUCAUUGACACAGCUGGUUACUCCAGCUACUACACCGAUGAGGAUUGGUUUAUGCGGGCGAAAUCAAGAUUUGCAACAAACUUUCAGGGUCUGAAAACCUUUAAAAUCAGGCCGUAUAUAAGGUCUAAUCCGGCUGGCACCAGCAGUAUCCGUCAUGAGUAUUUCCCGGUGACGUACCGGGCCGCGCCCUAUGAGACAGGUUUCUGGACACGCCCCCACUUCCGCUGUGACGGCCAUGUCGACGCCUGGGUUAUGACCUACGUCACGCCUUUCUUUGGUCUGGAUAGUCUGAGGAAAAGGUUGGAAUUUAGGGGAGUGGCCACGGUGGAUGUCCCCCUCAGCCUCUUAGAGAUCAACCAGUGCCCACAGCCUUUUACUGUGGCCAACGCCUUCAAGAACACGGCACGCUGUGACUAUCUGUCUACAAAGUGCAAACCACAAGCAGGUUUCCCGUUCAUGCGCGGCUCUUACCGCUGCCUCUGUCGACUAGGGUUCGAGUACUGGCACAUGGAUGGUAAAUUCUGGUUUGAAGGUUCUCUCAUAGAGCUGGAAUACGAGAAGAAACGAUUAGGAAUUUUCAGCAGGUUCGACCAACUGUACUGUCGAGUCUCGUCCUCACCAGGCCUGAGCACAGACAUUGGCGUGAUCAUUGGAGCGUUAGUGAUCACUAUAGGUACCAGUGUCUUCGGCCAUUGGUCAAGAUGACCUGAGCGUUCCUGAAGUUAUCUCAACCUGUUGAAUUGGGCAUGUUUUGAAGCCUAAAAUGUUCCUUAAAUCCACAGACGUUUCAUCCUUAUUGCCAUUUUUCAAAAAAUGUAAAACAUGUUUCAUGAUCAUCAAAUCUUGCAAAAACAGUGAGUUGUAGAGCAGUAAGAAACUAUUUGAGAGUAGCGUCUACUAUAGUAAAUGUGUCACGACGUAGUGGAUCCAGGAGCUCGUCAAUUUUUAAUUGGUAUAUGGAGUUAUUGGUAUCGUCUAAAAGCAUGUCCUUUUGCCUUGCUUUCGAUGAAAAAAUACCCCUUUAUCUAGGAUACAAGUCUACAAAUUGGCGAUUGAAGGAGGUGGGGUUGCCUGGGUUCAGAGGUAAAAUUAGCGAAAACAAGGCCACCAAAAUUUAGUUAUUUCCUAAGCUUGAGAGCCUGUGGAAACUUAAAAUGUACAUCUUGUAUGCAUUUAAGCAACGUUUUCCCGUAAAAUCUACAUGGAAAAGUGUUUUUAAAGGGCAUAAAAGGAGUUGAGCCGAAAACAAAAAAAUCUGAUAAAAAUUCCUAAACCUGCGAAUUAAAAAACACAGUUUCUCCCCUUUCAUUAUUUUGACGAGCGCCUGAUUUCCCCACGCUGCCUCACAUUGGAUCCUAUCCAAUGCCAGCCACACACUAUGACGUUUCCGGGGUGGUUUGGGGGGAGGGGGGAGGUCUUUUUUGUUUAUGCUUCUGAACUGCACCCUCCAUAGACAGAUAUGAAAGAGAUCAGGACAGAAGACUCAGUUUUUAAUUUUUGAAAGAGUUUGAAGGCACUUGCAACACAAUAAGGUCAUAUAAGUGCCUGAGAUUAAAGGCAUUACAAGAGAGUAACAAAUACAAAAAAGGAGGAGAGAUCAAAACAGCUGAUGUUUGAUCAGAACGAAGGAGCAAACGACCACAGAACACCCGCUAACCACCCGCAUGGAAGACUCAAUUCUCAAUGCAAUAGAAUACCUCUUUAUUAUUUGACCCCAUAUAGAAACUCCAGGUACAAGACAUGAACAACACAUACCUACUGCUUAAUGUAAAACUCUGCCGUUAUGACAUUUUGAAAAGUGACGUAUGACGAAGUCUUUCAAACAAAUAGGUGGUUGGCUGGUGCUAUGGUGUGGUUCGUUA